GUAUACGCUCGUCGUGCAGGAAAAACACAAGGUGCAAAUGGAAUGGGAGAACAACUGGUUAAAUCAACUUCCUGGUAUACUAGAAAACGAAAAGAAUCUAAGAGGUAAAUUACAGUUCUUGAAGAAACAAUUAAUAAUUCCUAAAUUAUUAUUUUAAUUAUUUUUAAUGCUGCUUAUUGUGAAUUUUCAGGCCAUGUAAACUCCAAGCUGAAUGCAAAAUUUCCUCUUCUUGUAUAACAACUACGCCAGAGCCUGAUUGGGUAAGGCAUUGCCGUUGUCCUUCUACCGAUGGUAAGGAAUGGACUCCGAGCAAAUGGACUGAUGAUUCUACUACUUCGCCUUACAAAGAACAUGGUAGCAAGACAAGUGAGGUUCUAGAACUGUACAACAGCGCAUUCAGUAGAUUAGCCGCGAACACAGGAUUAGGUAAAAUAACACCUUUAGAAAGUAAGCUUAACACUAAAUGGAAAAAAGCCAGCAAAAAGGUAAAAAAGCUUGCAUUGAUAGGGCAACUGAAGCGUGUCGAGUGGUUUGUGAAGCCAUUGCACCUGAAGAUGGAGAAAAAUUAUUUGAGGCUGUAA